ACUGUCGCUUAUAUUUUCAUUAGCUAUAGGAACGAGUUACUAUCGCAAGAUAAAAACCUUCUAAAAAUAUUUCUGUUAUGAUAAAUAUGAUGAGAUAUUAUAUGGGCACAGCCAAGCGUGACGGAAUUUCAUUUUUUCAACUUGUGAGACAUGUAUCUCCUCAAUAACAAGAGAAAUGUUUCUGAAAUUUUUAUCAUAUAUGAAGAUUAACUAGCUCUACUAGCAGUAAAAAUUUCACUGACUUAUAAUGAGCCAUAACGGAGUUAUAUGAAUAACAUCGUUUGUUACGGAAUUUCAAAAAUGGACAAAAUUUUGAGGGAGGAUUCAGAUUUCAAUAUUUUUCUCCGAAACUAACUGACACAUAAAUGAAUGUUUUAUACAUAGAUUGUUCAGCUUUUUACAAACUCUUAGAAUAUCGUGUCGUUUUCUCUGUAAAACAUUUUCGUUAAAUAAGACGACUUAAAAGAUUGAGCGUUACGGAAUUUCGCCUUUUUCCUCUUUUUCUGUGAGGGACAAUUUAGUGACAUUUUUAUAAUAAUUUUAACUAUGAAAUCUAACUUUUUUCAUUCUGUAACGAUUAAGAGUAUUGUUUUCUAUAAAUCGAUUAGUUCAUUUUCAUGUUUGUCUCAAAAUUUCAUAGAAAACUUCAUUCAUUAUUUUGACAAAAAUGAAAAUUUUCAAGAUAAAAAAAAAAGCGAAAUUUCGUGAUUAUUCGUGUUUUUAAACUCAUAGAAACGGAAAAUAAUAUUUGUUUUAUAUGUCAGCUGAGUAAUUCAGAAUGUCCAACAAACUUAAUAAUAUUUCAAGAUCAUAAUUUCUGUUAAAAAAAUGAUUUUCUAUAUAUUACUGAUUUUUAACCUUCACCAGCGAAGGGGACCGUUAGCUGGCCGUGCCCAUAUCCUUGUGCGUCUUUAUAAUUAUUUUGAGUUACUUAAUAUAUCUAUGUUAGUUUUCUAAAUUCAUUAAUUCACCACUAAAUAAUAUUUUGUUUAUAGCUGAUAACAAUCAACAACUUAUGAAACUUCCAUAUCUUAAUCGUCUUGAAAUAUUAACAAUUGAAGGUAUUCCAUCGAAUUUACAUUAUUUAAAAGAAUUAUUUCUUGCUGCACCAAAUUUAUCUGUAUUAGUUAUUGAUUUAAAUUGUUUAUUAACCAUACUUGAAGAUGAAAAUCAAUCACUUAUAUUAUAUGUUCUUUUUCAUAAACAUAUUCGUGAUCUUUGUAUACGUAUAUCAGAUAAUAAUGAAACAAAUCAAUUAACUACUGAAAAGAUUCAUCUUAUUGGACGAAUAUUUACUCAAGUUAGAAAUUUAACAAUCGAUCAUGAAGAAUCUAAUGAAUAUAUUGAAUCAAAUUUAAUUAAAUUUGUUGUAAAUCAAUUUCGACAACUUGUUAUAUUACACAUCUACGGUAAAAUUCCUAAUGAUAUGGUUAAUUCUCAUAUUCGACAAUGGUUUAUUGAACAAAAUUGUUUUCAAAUAAAAUCUACUGAUAUUUUUCGAAUUGAAUGUAGUAAUACAUGGUUUAAAUUGUGGUUAUAA